GCUCAGUGAUGAAACAGGCAUGCAUUGACUAUCUGCGAUCUUGAAGACCUAUUCAGUGACUGUCAAUGUAGCUUAAUACUAACAUAUUUACAGUUAAGAGGAAUCAGAAAGUUGUUUAAAAGUAUUUAAGAUCGAAAUAAAGACUCAUCAAAUGUGAAAUAGCUGGAGAUAUACAUGUAGUUUUGCAGUUAUAGCCAUUACAGUAAGACUUAGUUGAGUUGGCAUUGAAAAAACAUUACUCAACGGAAUUGAGCAGAGAAGUGAAAUUAAACUUGAACUGGACAUCUGAUUAAAGUGGACAUUAGAUUACUGUCAGUAUUUAAAUAAUUCUUUAGUCAUACAAUGUUGUGAAGAUGUACCUGGAUGGCCUAAUACCAGCUUCCCAAUACAGAGAUAUGACUGACCCUCAAAUUUACACAAAAGUUAAAGGGGAUGCCUUAGAAGAUUGGGAUGAAAAAAAAAUAUGCGAGAAAGAUUUUGACAAAGUGUGCACAUACAUUGUACCCGACAGACCGUGCCAAGAUGGUAGAAGUGAUCGGGCAGAGGCAUCAUUGCCACGGAAUCUUCUUCUCAAGCCAUCAAAAACAUUACCAAACGUUAUGGGUGUAUACAGUAGCGAACAUAUCCCACGUGGUACACGCUUUGGCCCUCUGGUGGGAGAAAUAUUCACUAAAGACAAUGUGCCAACCCAUACAAGCAGACAAUACUUCUGGAGAGUCUACAACAAUGAUGAGCUUUAUUUCUACAUAGAUGGCGCUAGCUGCAGCAAGAGUAACUGGAUGCGUUACGUCAACCCCGCCCACUCACAGGGAGAACAGAACCUGAUUGCAUGCCAAGUGAACUUUGACAUCUACUUUUAUACUAUCAAAGCUGUAGCACCAGGGGCUGAGCUGUUGGUCUGGUAUUGUGACGAGUUUUCAGCAAGACUUGGCAAAUCUUUGUCACCAGUUCAGCUUAAUAUUCCAGUUUGCAAAGAACAAACAACCCCUCAAGAACAACCAAAUUCUCGGCACAACCAAUAUGAUAGAAAACACAACACAGAUGUACAAAAACACAAUGAUGACAAAGUCACCAAAGUGAAUCAAGACAAUGUGAAACAUGAUUCAAAUGAGACAAAUGAUACAGUGUUGGACUUCAGCACUAAAGACAAUAACACAGCAGUGAAUGAACCAGUUCAUAGCCCACUUAAGAUCCCUAACCCAAGGCGAUCAAUUAUCAAAAGUACAUUUGAUGUGAAACAUAUCCUAGGCCAUACAUCUGAUGAUGAAGAUACAAAACCACCUAUUCCUGUAUCUGUUCGUCCUUCCACUGAGCCAAGAAGGACAGAGAGCAAUAAACGCCCCUCCAAUGGUUUGAUUGAAGAUUUAUUGGUUAAGAAAAUGAGGGAAUCUGAAGCUGUGUUACCACCAGCACAUAAUGCUUUGUUGAAUUAUCCCCAGUACCCUGGUUCAACGAUAACCCCUCAUGUUCCAUUCCCUCCAUUCUAUCCACACUUGCCAGCAAAUCAACAAUCAAUGACAUCACCAAUACCAAACUCUCAUGAGACACCAAGGAUAUCGGGGUCAUCUUCUAAAGCUUCCCCACCCCAUCAUGUAUCACCUCAUCUUGCAGGUGCUUCACCAUUGGCUUCACCAACCAUGGAAGCCAUAUCACCCAAACCUUCACCUAAAUAUAGUGAGUCAAGCUCCAUUGAAAGAAUAGACGAAGAGAGACAAUCCAAAGGUGUAUCGCCAAAUAACUACACCUCUGCUCCUAUCCAUAACAGCUUUCCAUUUUAUCCAAUAAGGAACCCCCUGUUUCCAAAUAUGUUGCCCCAAAUUAAAACAGAAAAGACAGAUGGUAUUACUAAUAUUCCACCCAUAGCAACACCAACAAUCCCUCCCUUGUUAUCCAAGAUGGAUGCCAGAUCUAAUAAUCACUUAAUGUACCAUCCUAUGAUGCCACUGUACUCCAUGAACCCAAUGAUGAUGAAUGCCGCCAUGCCCAGCCUUCCCUGGUCUGGCCUGUACCAACACCAGGCUGCAUACCAAGCCAUGCAAGCCCAGCUACUUCAAAACAACAUGACCAGCCAUAAACCAGCCAGCAAACCAGAUGAAGUUCUCAACCUUUCUAAGCCUAAAUAUGAGUUCAGCAACGACCAGCAAGAUUACCAGAGCAGCUUAGAGUACCAAGAUAAGCUGAGAGGGUACAGAUCACUGCCCUUUCCACUGAAGAAACGAGAUGGCAAGAUGCACUAUGAAUGCAACGUGUGUAGUAAGUCAUUCGGGCAGCUUUCAAACCUGAAAGUCCACCUGCGAACCCACACUGGCGAACGUCCAUUCAAAUGUUUACAAUGUGGUAAAGGAUUCACACAACUGGCUCAUCUACAGAAACACAACUUAGUCCACACGGGAGAAAAACCCCAUCAAUGCUCUGUAUGCUCUAAACGCUUUAGUAGUACCAGUAAUCUUAAAACCCACAUGCGACUGCACAGUGGAGAAAAACCAUUCACAUGCAAGUUAUGUCCAGCAAAGUUCACCCAGUUUGUCCAUCUUAAACUGCACAAAAGACUCCAUACAAAUGAACGACCAUAUGAGUGCCCAAAAUGUAGUAGAAAGUAUAUCAGCGCAAGUGGCUUGAAAACACACUGGAAGACUGGAAAUUGUGGUAUAAGUUCUGAAGCUAUCUCAGAGUAUAGCAGAAUGAUGGAUUGCAACUUGGUUGAUAAUCCCGCUUCCCCAUCAGUCAUCCCAUUCUUUAAUCCAUUUAGUAAACUGGAGCGUACUGGAGCUGAGCUGGACUCAUUGAGCAGUGCAUUUGAUGCCCUUGAGAAAGAACGUCUGAAAGCCCAAAAGGAGCACAUUGCACAACUAGAUGAACUCUACAAAAGAGAUGGUGAGAUGAGACGGGAACACACACUUCUUUCUCAACAGAGGUCUCCAGUGUUCCCCGAGUCCCUAACAGCACAUUCCCGCAUUUACCCUGAUAGUGUCACUCACUCCCCUGAACUACCCCCUGGUUACCCAGUCUACCACCCUCAAUCUACAAAAGGGUCUCCUAGGUCAAUAUCUCCUGAGGGGUCAAGGUCACCCCAUAGGGAAAUGUCAAGGUCACCAACACGAUCAUUGGAAGCAUUUGAAAAUCAUAAUGAUAGUUUUGAGAGUCAGAAAUAUUCUAUUGGUUCAAGAAGCCCUGAGUCUGAAGACAGUAUAAUGUCAGAUCCUGAAUGUGAUGUCACAAUUGAAGAAAAUAUUGAUGUCAGUGAUGAUGUCAUAUCUAAUGAAGCUUUUGUACCUCGAUCUGAUCCUAUGGUUCUAAGUGGAACACAUAAUCACCAAAUAGGGACUGUCGCAUCAUAAUAGAGAUUGAUGCAUUAUCUAAAUUCAAUUACUCCAUUUCUGAAUGACAUUGUUUUUGGCAGAAAGGGAGGGUUUGGGUUUCAUUAUUUCCUUACAGAGCAGUCCCAAAUCUCAUAAUCAUACAGCUGAAUGUUGCAACAAUAAUUUAUUUUUAAAUUAUUACUCUUUAUGUCAUGUAUGAAUAUAUACUUCAUAAUAAUCAAAACUGAUGUCUCAAAAGGUACUCCAGUACAGCAUUUAUAUUUAUUUCACACUUGGGCCCAAACUAGCAAAUACACAAUACAUGUAUAAAAGUGUAAGGUCUAUUUUGUGUGAUUAAUUUAUAUCCAUGUAUAUUCUUCAAGUCAGAUAUCUAUUAAGUCUUAUAUGAUAACAUAAUAUGUAGAUACCUUAGUUGUAACAAUACUUUAGAAAGAUAGGUAACACAGUUGAAGUUUUUUAAUAUUUAAAAAAUCAGUUUUUGACAGAAGUCUCACGAUUUCUAUAUCUGUACUAAAAUAAGUGACGUCCUUAUUUGAGCCUCAACUAGACAGAGCUCUUACAAAGUGUAAAACUAGAAGUGUAUAUUAUUCAUUUAUGAGUGACAUCUAACAUAUUUAAUGGUAUAUGUGUAUAUAUGUAGUUGUUAUGCCUUUUGUUCAGGGUAAUGAAUAUAUAGGAAGGAAUAAACAUAUAUUUAUUAUGUG